CCUCUCCUCGGCGGCCUUGCCCGCCUCCGCCCUCCUCCCCGGCAUCAUCGUGCCUGCCUGCCUGCCUGCCUGCCUGCGGCGGGAGUCGGGGGUGGCGCGCGGGGCGGGAGGCCGGCCGAGGCGCUCCGAGGGGACGAGACCAGAAGCGGCGGCGGCGGCGGCGGAUCCGGGCCGCGUCCAUCUCCCCCCCCCCCCCCCCUCCCUGCUUCUGGCCGCUCUUCCUCCCCGCCUGGGCCGGCCUGCAGGAGAAGAGGCGCCACGCCGCCCGCGCACCCACAGCCAUGUACGCGGCCGGGGCAGCAGCAGCCGCCCCCCCGGCCGCCGCCGCCGCUCCCCCCACCACCGCCGGGCCCGUACUUUCAAGCCCCCCGCCGCUUCCACCUCCGAUACAAGCAUAUGCAUUUAAGCCUCCUCCCCGACCUGAUUUUGGAACUUCAGGGAGAACAAUCAAACUACAAGCCAACUUUUUUGAAAUGGACAUUCCUAAAAUCGACAUCUACCAUUAUGACUUGGAUAUAAAGCCAGAGAAGUGCCCUAGAAGAGUUAACCGAGAAAUAGUUGAACAUAUGGUCCAGCACUUUAAAGCGCAAAUAUUUGGGGAUCGCAAACCAGUAUUUGAUGGAAGAAAAAACCUCUACACAGCUAUGCCACUUCCAAUAGGUAGAGACAAACAGGUGGAGUUGGAGGUCACAUUGCCAGGGGAAGGGAAGGACAGAAUAUUUAAAGUGGCAAUAAAGUGGGUAUCCUGCGUAAGCCUGCAGGCUUUACAUGAUGCUCUUUCUGGUCGUCUUCCAAGUGUUCCUUUUGAAACAAUUCAGGCAUUGGAUGUAGUAAUGAGGCACCUGCCUUCUAUGAGGUAUACUCCUGUGGGCCGGUCCUUUUUUACUGCAUCAGAAGGGUGCUCAAAUCCCUUGGGUGGGGGCAGAGAAGUAUGGUUUGGAUUCCACCAGUCAGUUAGGCCUUCACUGUGGAAAAUGAUGCUUAACAUCGAUGUAUCUGCAACAGCAUUUUAUAAGGCACAACCAGUAAUUGAGUUUGUCUGUGAAGUUUUGGAUUUCAAAAGUAUUGAAGAACAACAGAAACCUCUGACAGAUUCCCAAAGGGUAAAGUUUACCAAAGAAAUCAAAGGUUUGAAGGUGGAGAUCACUCAUUGUGGGCAAAUGAAGAGAAAAUACAGAGUAUGCAAUGUUACACGACGACCAGCAAGCCACCAAACAUUCCCACUUCAGCAGGAGAGUGGCCAGACGGUUGAAUGCACUGUGGCUCAGUAUUUUAAGGAUAGGCACAAGCUGGCUUUACGGUACCCGCAUCUUCCAUGUUUACAAGUUGGUCAGGAGCAAAAACACACAUACCUUCCUCUAGAGGUAUGCAACAUAGUGGCAGGACAGAGGUGUAUAAAGAAGCUGACAGACAAUCAAACUUCUACAAUGAUAAGGGCGACUGCCCGAUCGGCACCUGACCGUCAGGAGGAGAUCAGCAAACUAAUGCGAAGUGCAAGUUUUAAUACUGACCCUUUUGUUCGUGAAUUUGGAAUAAUGGUCAAAGAUGACAUGACUGAUGUGACUGGCCGGGUCUUGCAACCUCCUUCAAUCCUGUACGGAGGCAGGAACAAAGCAAUUGCUACACCAGUUCAAGGGGUGUGGGACAUGAGAAACAAACAGUUUCACACAGGAAUCGAAAUAAAGGUCUGGGCAAUUGCUUGCUUUGCUCCACAGCGCCAGUGCACCGAAGUCCAUCUUAAGUCCUUCACAGAACAAUUGAGGAAGAUCUCAAGGGAUGCAGGGAUGCCCAUCCAGGGUCAGCCGUGUUUCUGCAAAUACGCCCAAGGAGCUGAUAGUGUGGAGCCAAUGUUCCGACAUCUGAAAAACACUUAUGCUGGGUUGCAGCUUGUGGUAGUCAUUCUGCCGGGAAAAACUCCAGUGUAUGCGGAGGUAAAGCGUGUUGGUGACACUGUGCUGGGCAUGGCCACGCAGUGCGUGCAGAUGAAAAAUGUGCAGAGGACGACACCACAGACGCUUUCCAAUCUGUGCUUAAAGAUCAACGUCAAACUGGGAGGAGUAAAUAACAUCUUGCUGCCCCAGGGAAGGCCUCCAGUAUUUCAGCAGCCUGUUAUUUUCCUGGGUGCAGAUGUCACUCAUCCACCAGCUGGAGAUGGCAAAAAGCCUUCCAUUGCUGCUGUUGUCGGCAGCAUGGAUGCCCACCCCAAUCGAUACUGCGCCACUGUGAGAGUCCAGCAGCACCGCCAAGAAAUCAUCCAAGAUUUGGCAGCCAUGGUCAGGGAGCUGCUGAUUCAGUUCUACAAGUCCACCCGAUUCAAACCGACCCGUAUCAUUUUCUACAGAGACGGUGUUUCUGAGGGACAGUUCCAGCAGGUUCUUCACCACGAAUUACUGGCUAUCCGAGAAGCAUGCAUUAAGCUAGAAAAAGACUACCAGCCUGGAAUUACAUUCAUCGUCGUGCAGAAAAGGCAUCACACCAGACUCUUUUGUACAGAUAAAAAUGAAAGGGUUGGGAAAAGUGGGAACAUUCCUGCAGGUACUACAGUGGACACAAAAAUAACUCAUCCAUCCGAAUUUGACUUCUACCUGUGCAGUCAUGCUGGUAUUCAGGGAACAAGCAGACCUUCUCAUUAUCAUGUUCUCUGGGAUGACAAUCGUUUCUCUUCAGAUGAGCUUCAAAUACUCACCUACCAAUUGUGUCAUACGUAUGUUCGCUGUACUCGUUCUGUUUCAAUUCCUGCACCAGCAUACUAUGCGCACCUGGUUGCCUUCAGAGCCAGGUAUCAUCUGGUAGAUAAAGAACACGAUAGUGCCGAGGGGAGCCACACUUCUGGCCAGAGCAACGGGAGAGAUCAUCAAGCACUUGCGAAAGCUGUUCAGGUUCAUCAGGAUACUUUACGCACCAUGUACUUUGCUUGACAUGUUGCGGCGAUUUAAGCAACUCGGAGGCGGAUUCACAGGAGACCAGCCGCACUUGGACCACCAGUUUCUCAAGCUACAGCGACAGCCAGCAAUGAGUGAAGCAUCUUUUAUUUUAUUAGGUUUUAAUUUUUUUCCCCAUUUGCGAGAAAGCCUUCCGUCCAGAAAUUUCAGACUCAGUUGAGAACUGCAGACCUGUACGAAAUCCCACAGCUAUUAGAAGUGUGGAUUUGCCAAAUCGAAAGCUGCUUGUCAGGAGAACGGGGGGGAAAAAAGAUCAAAACCCAUAUUUUCUAACUAAAUUAAGAGCUAUGACCUCUCAGGGCUAAAGACAACACUUCAUUUAGUUAACGCUGUUCUUGUUCAUUCUACAUUCUUGUUCGUUUCUAAUCUGGGAAUACCCAGCUGAGAUUAGGAUUAACGGGCUGGCAAAAGUUUUAUGAGUUUACUUUUAUGCCUGAAAAGAGAACAAAGCACUAGUUCGGAUGUCAUUGAAAACCUUCAUUGUUCCAGAUGCAUUCACAAAUAUUUUUUUAGUAUCAAAAUGCAAAAAAAUGAGAGAAAAACCUGGGGGUUUUUUUGGUGGUCCUUUCGAUGAACAAGGGCAAAAAAGUAUUUUCUGAAGUCUGUUCUCGAAUGUCUUUCAUUGUUGCGUUCAUUGUUUUUCAUAGACUGAAUUAUGGAAUUGUUUCAGGAAGGAGGAGCUUUUAGGUCCACUGAAAGAUUAGCAACGUGUGCCAUUAAAAUCAUGGUUUUUUUGAAAAUCAAUUUGAUGAUUAAUCACAGAAAUUUGUCCUGCAGGACUGUGACACUUAAUUUUCCAAAGGUUUUCCUUAAAAAAAAAAAGAGA